AUGAAUAUAAAUCUAGAUACCGCUAAGGAAACCCUUUGCAAGAAUAUAUUGAUAUAUGGAUAUUGUAAAUUUGAAAACAAAGGAUGUGCCUUCAGUCAUAAUCGCCAACAGAAACCAGCACCACAACCACAGCAACAAGAUCAGGAAUCACCUCAAGAUUCUGGAUCGGCCAGUAAUACAAACAACAAUGCUGGUUUCCCAGAUUCAGCUACUUCAACAGUUUCUUCAACCAUGUCUUCGAAUGAUGCAGCAUCUAAAAAGAAAUACAAUUUGAACACUCCUUCUUUCCAACCAGGAGUUACAGGAUUGACAAGUAAAUUUGCAACUUUAUCACCAAAACUAAAGGAAAUUCCCGUGUUUAAACCAGACAAUGGACACGCGACUUCGGAUUCGACAACAAACCAACGACCAUUUACAUCAAAGAAGUUUAAUGUCAGUACUCCAUCAUUCACACCAUCUGGUUUUGAUUUUGGUAAUAAUGGCAAUAGUAAUAAUACGUCAUCUUCACCAUUGACAAUCUCAUCUGCUCCUCUUGCCCAACAACAACCACCGUCACAACAACAACAACAGCAGCAACAGCCUGUGCAACAACAACAAAAUGUUUUAAUGCAAGCUCCAAUUCCUUCUUCUUCUUCUUUAGCAUCAUCAUCCCAACAUCUUCCGUCACAACAAGUACCACCACAACAGCAACAACAUACUGGACAUGCAAUGGGGAUUCCACAUUCUUCUGGUUCGUCAAAUCCAUAUUUUCCAAAUAGCUUAGGCAUAUCAACCCCUACAGCAAUGGGACAAGUCGGUACACCAGGUGGUAUUGUUCCUCCAGCUGUUGCAACUCCAACCUCAAAUAUGCCGGGGAAUGGUGGUGCUGGUGCUGUUGGUGGUCAACAACCAAUGUACCCAUUGCAAUAUCAUUUGUAUGCCCCAGCUCCACCUCCAAGAUUAACUAUUCCAUUGCAGCCGCACGAACUUAAUAGUCAAGCGAUGUUUAUUUCAAACGAGUUGCGUGAAUACUUGCAUAAAAAGAACGAAGCCAGUUUGCAAACAUUAAGUCAUCUGAAUUUGCCAGAACAUGUCAACCAAUACCAUUCAUUAGUUCCAAUUGAUAAAUCAUAUGAACCAAUUUCUAAACUCUGGAUGGGGAAGAAUAGUUUGAUAUUUAAAGUUUACAGUAAUUAUGAUGGGAACUUGUAUGUUUUAAGAAAGAUUGAACCAUGUAAUGAGAUUGUUAAUGACAAGCCAUUUGGUACCAUCAAGAAAUGGAAAAGUAUAAAGAAUGCCAAUAUUGUUGGUUUACAAGAUGCUUUUACCACCAUGGCGUUUAACAAUUCACAGAACACCAACAAUUCAUUGUGUAUUAUUUAUGACUAUUAUCCAAACAGUGUGAGUUUAUUAGAGCAACACAAAAAGGGGUUACGAGUUGAGCCAAUUACUGAAGACUUGUUAUGGUGUUACUUGAUUCAGUUGAUCAAUGCAAUUACGGUUAUUCAUCAAAAUGGAUUGACGGCAAGAUCAACCAUAGAUUUGAGUAAGAUUAUUGUUACCAAUAAACAUAGAAUAAGAUUGGGUUCUGUGGGUAUCAGUGACAUUCUUGAAUACAAUGAAGAGAAUGAAGUUGACAUCAAAGAGUACCAAGUCCAAGAUAUUAAGAACAUUUCCAAUGUAUUGGUUGAAUUAAGUGUAUUGUUAUUACCAGUUAAUAUGAGGCAAAGUGCUAAUAUUUACAACAGUUUGAAAUCCUCAACCAAGUUGAGUGAAGAAUUUGUCAAUAUAUUGCAAGAAUUACAUGACUCAGAUGAAACGUUUGAUCUAGAAGAGUUUAGUAAGAAGUUAUCUGGUAAGAUGCUUACUGUUAUCAACAAUUUGGAAGAUUCUAAUGAUUUUAUGGAGAGCCAGUUGGGAUCGGAGUUGGAGAAUGCUAGAUUAUUUAGAUUGAUGACUAAAUUGAACUAUUUGAUUUACGAUGAUAGUGAUAAAACAGGAGUUGCAACAGGAAAUAAUAAGAUUUUGAGAUUAUUUUUAAACUAUCUAUACAAUAGUUAUGAUUCCAGUAAUAAUAAGAAUAAGAAGGUGCUUAAUUUGAAUAAAGUGUUGAUAAAUUUGAACAAGUUGGAUUGUGGAAUUGAUGAAAAGUUGUUGUUGAUUAAUAAAGAUGAGUGUAUUAUUAUAAGUUAUAAAGAAUUGAAGGAGAUUAUUGAUAACAAGUUUAGAUUAAUGAGAGAAUAA